GAUGUUUGGGCCCUAUUUCGCCUGGUGGUACCUAAGCAUUAAUGUAGCCUACGAUGCCUCGGCCCUUGUGUCUAUAAGGGCCAUACCCAGGUUAUACCCUACUGGAAAGACACAAUUGUAAUGUAGCAAUUGGUGUUCCAUAGAAGCAGAGUGGCAAAGAAAUAUUCUUUCUAUUACCUAAUCAAAGUUUUGUUUAAGGCACACAGCAUAAUUUAAUGUGGCAUUAGUUUCUCAAUGAUCCAUAGAACAGGAUGGCAUCGCCACAGAAUGUCACAGUGGACCAGGUUAGGUUGAUCCUGAGUGAAGUCAUCGAGGCCUUGGAGUCCCCUGACUAUGCCUCCAAGUUGGAUGAAGCUAAAGAAGCGGCUGGCAAUGAGAUGCUGAAAAUGAUGCAGAUUGUGUUCCCAAUGGUUGUUCAGAUUGAAAUGGAAACUAUUAAACGUCAUGGCUUUCCCAACUCCCGAGAAGGUAUAGUUCAGUUUACGCAGCUGGUUCGUGAGAUGGAGGCUCUGGACAGCGAGGUGUCGCGUCUGCACACUCAGAUCAGAAACCACUACCUACCCCCUGUGUCUAUCAGCUCUACAGUUGAUACUUCUCUGUAAAUGUUUCAGGUGGCUCCCGACUUGAAUCUCAAAUAAUCUCAAUAGAUACGGAAUCUCUCAACAAUGAAUCUCAGACAAUUAUCUAAAUAUUUGAAAAAGAAAAGGAACUAUUUAAAAUGUGUAAUGUGUGCGAUUGUGCUGUGGUGUACGUACGAUUAUUUUGGAAUUGGUGACUAUUUACAUGCAUCAAGCUUCGAAAACGAUUUCCACUAUCCACUCGAUGUGAAUAUCAAAGACCUAGUGAAUGAAGUGUUAAGUAACCAGAAGCUUUCGGUAACUCCUAUCAACUACUACCCUUACAGUUUCCUCAGCAACUCCGGGAAAUGUACCAAUAUCGAGAAGAUAGACUUAAUGAUCGUGGUCAAAUCGGCGAUGGCUCACUUUGGCCACAGAGACACCAUCAGAAAAACAUACGGCAAUGAGGAUAUACCAGGACGUACUGUGAAGAUUCUAUUCUUCUUAGGAGUCGACGGAAAGCCCAAGUCCGACGUGCAGCGCCAAAUAGACCAGGAGAUGGCAGUCUUCCACGACAUUAUUCAGAUGGAUUUCAUCGACUACUACUACAACAACACCAUCAAGACGAUGAUGUCGUUUCGCUGGGUGUACGAGCACUGCUCGCACGCCGACUACUACCUGUUCACGGACGACGACAUGUACAUCUCCGUGAACAACUUGCUUGGCUACCUCCACGACCGGCUCGACGCGCCUAGCGAGCUGCAGGGAGACUUGUUGUUCACCGGAUACGUGUUCCACUCGGCUCCACAGCGGUUUAGGUUCAGCAAGUGGCGUGUGUCAUUGGAGGAGUACCGCUGGGACAGAUGGCCGGACUACGUGACAGCAGCCGCUUAUGUCUUAUCCAAUAAGGCUAUGCGUGUCAUGUACAUUGGCAGUUUGUUUGUGAAGCACUUCCGUUUCGACGACAUCUACCUGGGAAUAGUGGCGAAGAAGGUGGGCAUCACGCCAGAGCAUUGCCCACACUUCUAUUUCCACAAGAAAAAGUUCUCCCUUGACGCCUAUGAGGACGUGAUAGCGUCGCACGGUUACCACGAUCACGAUGAACUCAUCAGGGUCUGGCACGAGAUGAAUAGCAAGUGAAUAAAAGACUGUACAAGUACUCAAAUUACCUACUGCAAUCUAGAUUGUCAUAGGCAUUUUUCUAUUUUGGAUGAUAUCCUCACAGGUCAUAAUAUGAUCUGCUGAAAAUUAUUUUAAUUUAUUUUAUUCCUAUAGCUUUCUAUUUGUCAUUGUAUCCUGAAUGCUCAAUUGAAUUGAAGCAAGACGAUGCUGACCGCAAUCGUAAAUAUUUUGUAGGGGGUUGGAUCUCAAAGUUAGUUUAAAGAUAUACAGCCCGAAUCUGGAU